ACUCCCGAUUGGUGGAAAAGAAAGGAGAGGACGUGAUACAAGGUCAAAAAACUAUGAGAGCCAUAUUUCAUCUUUUGCUGCUCUUAGGGUUUUGCACUAUGGAUUUCUGUCUCUCUCGCCAGUAUCACUUCAUUAAUAAGAAUAAAACUUGGGCUGAAGCGCAGAGAUACUGCAGAAAGUAUUAUGUUGACUUAGCCAGUGUUGAUAAUGCUGAAGAACAGCUGGCCCUGAUUAAAACAGUAGAUAUCAGGAACAACAAAGCAGUCUGGCUUGGGCUGUAUGAUGAUGAUGAUGCGAAUAGCUGGAAAUGGUCUCUGGAUGAUGAUGAUGAGGAGGAGGGAGAGACGAGCUUUCAAAACUGGUAUAUCCAGAAACCAGGGAACUGGUAUGAAAACAGACUGUGCACAAGCUUUUCAGGUUUUAAUGGAGUGUGGAAGGAGAAUAAUUGCUCUGAGGUGCUUCCAUUCAUUUGCUUUGAUCGGAGCACAAAUACCAGUGAAACAUAUGUCGUGGUUAAUCGGAACAUGACCUGGACUGAAGCUCAGAGAUACUGCAGAGAGCAUUACGCAGACCUGACGAGUGUGAGGAACAAGAAUGAGAACCAAAAGAUAAGAUCGUUAUUAUAUAAUUAUUUUUCUUAUUAUAAUAUAGUUUGGAUCGGCCUGUACAGAGCCAGGUCUUGGUCAGAUAAAAGCAACUCUUCUUUCAGCAACUGGAAAACAGGACAACCAGAUAAUUACGGACAGGAUGAAUCCUGUACUGCUAUAUUAUUUAAUGAUUCUGAUUCUGGGAAAUGGACCGAUGAAGACUGCAGUCAAACUAUCCCAUUCCUCUGCUACAACACAUCUUCCCAUGUGUACCACUUUGUAAAUGAGAAUAAGACCUGGACUGAUGCACAGAGGUACUGCCGAGAGUAUUACACUGACCUGGCUACUGUUGAUAACAUGAAGGAAAUAAAUACACUCCUUAAAACAGUAAAUACUAGUUACUCAGGUUUAGCCUGGAUUGGACUGUAUGAUGAUCUGGACAGCUGGAGAUGGUCUCUGGAUGAUGACAGGUUCUACAAAGAAGGAGAGAAAACGUUCAGGGGCUGGUACCAUGAACCUGAUAACUACAAUGGAAAAGAGCUGUGCGUUUUUAUCCGUUCUGAUGGGAAAUGGUCGGAUGGAGAUUGUAACAAUUCUUUGACUUUUGUUUGCCAUGAUGGAAGAAAUGUAACAGAAGGUUACAUCUGGGUUAACCAGUUCAUGCCCUGGACAGAUGCUCAGCAUUACUGUAGACAGCAUUACAAAGAUCUGGCCAGUGUGAGGAAUCGAGCAGAUAAUAAAAAAGUCCUCAACCUCACAGGAGGCUCUGAUGCUUGGAUUGGCUUAUACAGGACCAGACUCUGGUCAGACCAGCAUGGGUCCACAUAUGACAACUGGAGACCAGCCAUUCCUUAUAGUCCUGAACAACCAGACAAUGGUUUAUAUACUUUUUGGGAACAUGGCAAUCAGCAAUGCACUGCUGUAUCACUCAGCGAUUCAGGACAGUGGACAGAUGAGAACUGCUUCACCACAUUCCCAUUUAUCUGCUAUAACAAAUUCUGCACAGGAUCAUUAUGUACCCAUCAGUAUCACUUUGUUCCUGAGAACAAGACCUGGACUGAUGCACAGAGUUACUGCAGAGAGAAAUACACUGAUCUGGCCACCAUUGAUAACAUGGAGGACAUGAACAAGCUGCUUGACGCAGUAUAUGGCACCUACUCAGGUUUAGCCUGGAUUGGACUGUAUGAUGAUCUGAACAGCUGGAAAUGGUCUCUGGAUGAUGAUCUGUUCUACAAGGAGGGAGAGAGAAGCUUUCGAAACUGGUUUAAAUACAAACAGAGGAAGUGGUUUGGAAAUAUUUUGUGCGUAUACUUUUCAGGUUUCGAUGCAAUAUGGUGGGGAGCUUCUUGUUAUACCGCAAUGGCAUUCAUCUGCUUUGAUGGAAGGGGGGAUGCUAGUGAAAGGUAUAUCCUUGUUUAUCAGUACUUGAACUGGACUGACGCUCAGAGGUACUGUAGAGAGCAUCACACAGACCUGAUCAGUGUCAGGAACAAGACUGAGAACCAGAAGAUAAGAUCACUGUUAUAUAAUUAUAAUUAUAGUAGCAGCGUAUGGAUUGGCCUGUAUAGUAAAAGGUCUUGGUCAGAUAAGAGCAAUUCUUCUUUCAGCAACUGGUAUCCGGGGCAACCUGAUAAUUACGGACAGAGCGAAGUCUGUACUGCUGUUUUCACUGAAUCUGGGAAAUGGACAGAUGAAAACUGUGAUCAAGCUUUUCCAUUCUUUUGCUACAGUUCAACGCCAUCAAUUUCUCAUCAGUAUCACUUUGUCAACGAAAAGAAGAACUGGACUGAAGCACAGAUGUACUGCCGAGAGAAAUACACGGACCUGGCUUCCAUUGAUAACAUGGAAGAAAUGAACACACUCCUUAACACAGUAAAUGGCAGCUACUCAGGUUUAGCCUGGAUUGGAUUGUAUGAUGAUCUGGAUGAGUGGAGAUGGUCUCUUGAUGAUGAUGCUUUCUAUAAGGAGGGUGAGAGAGAGUUCAGAGGAUGGUACCGUGAACCCAAUAACUACAAUGGAAAAGAAAUGUGUGUUUCCAUGUACUACACUGGGGAAUGGUUUGAUCAGCAGUGUACUCAGAGACUGGGAUUUGUGUGUUAUAAUGGGACAAACAGCGUAUAUGUAUGGAUUUCUGAGGGAAUGACUUGGGAAGAAGCUCAGAGGUUCUGUAGAGCAAAACACACAGACCUGGCCAGUGUGAGGAAUGAGACUGAGCUUCAGCAGAUACUGAGUAUCACACAUGGCUUCGAUGUGUGGAUAGGUCUUUAUAGGAACCGACUAUGGUCAGAUCAGAGCAACUCAAUGUUUACAUACUGGAGACCAGAGAUUCAACCACAUAUAAUAUCCGAACCUGACAAUGGUUUGUAUUCAUAUGGACAAUUUGGAAAUCAACACUGCACCGCUAUGGAUUAUACUGGCAAAUGGACUGAUGAAAACUGUUUAGCCAGUUUCCCUUUCUUCUGCUACAGUGUAUCCACUCCAGGUGCUGUGAUAGGACUGCAAAUGAAAAUUCAAGUGAGGGGAAACAUGCUGGAUUCUCAGAUUAAAGAACUAGUGUUGAUGCAACUUCAACAAGAAUUCAUCAGCCUGGGGUUGUCAAGGAACUUCACUUUGAGAGUGAGGAACUAUCACUUCAUUAAUGAAAAUAAAACUUGGGCUGAAGCGCAGAGACACUGCAGAGAGAAUUAUAUUGACUUAGCCAGUGUUGAUAAUGCUGAAGAACAGCUGACCCUGACUAAAACAACAGACAUCAGGAACAGCAAGCGAACCUGGAUUGGACUAUAUGAUGAUCUGAAAAGCUGGAAAUGGUCUCUGGAUGACGAUUCUUUCUACAUGGAGGGAGAGAGACUUUUUGGAAACUGGUAUAUCGCGAAACCGAGUAACAAGGAUGGAAAAAGUUUGUGUGGGGUAUUGUCAGGAUUUAAUGGAGUGUGGCAGGAGAAUGAUUGCUCUUCAAUGCGUCCAUUCAUUUGCUUCGAUGGGAGAAUGAAUUCCCAUGAAAUAUACAUCCUAGUUGGUCAGAACAUGAACUGGACUGAAGCUCAGAAAUACUGCAGAGAGCAUUACACAGACCUGACCAGUAUAAGAAAUGAGACUGAGAACCAGAAGAUAAUAUCAUUAUUAUAUACUCAUAAUAGUAACAAUAACAAUCAUUACAACAUUGUUUGGAUCGGCCUGUACAGAACCAGAUCUUGGUCAGAUAAAAGCAACUCUUCUUUCAGCAACUGGAAACCUGGACAACCAGAUAAUUACGGACAGAACGAAUCCUGUACUGCUGUGUCACUGAAUUAUUCUGCGAAAUGGACAGAUGAAAACUGCAAUCAAAGUAUCCCAUUUCUCUGCUAUAGUCUGUCAUCAGCAUCCUCCCGUCAAUAUCGUUUUGUUAACAAGAAUAAAACCUGGAUGGAAGCACAGAGAUACUGUCGAGAGAAUUACACUGAUCUGGCUACCAUUGAGGAGGAAUCGAUGGAGGACGUGAACACGCUCCUUGAAACAGUAAAUACUAGCUACUCAGGUUUAGUCUGGAUUGGACUGUAUGAUGAUCUGGACAGCUGGAGAUGGUCUCUGGAUGAUGACAGGUUUUACAAGGAAGGAGAGAAAAUGUUCAGGGGCUGGUACCAUGAACCUGAUAACUCCAAUGGAAAAGAGCUGUGUGUUUUUAUCCGUUCUGAUGGGAAAUGGUCGGACGGAGAUUGUAACAAUUAUUUGACUUUUGUUUGCCAUGAUGGAAGAAAUGUAACAGAAGGUUACAUCUGGGUUAACCAGUUCAUGCCCUGGACAGAUGCUCAGCAUUACUGUAGACAGCAUUACAAAGACCUGGCCAGUGUGAGGAAUCGAGCAGAUAAUAAAAAAGUCCUCAACCUCACAGGAGGCUCUGAUGCUUGGAUUGGCUUAUACAGGACCAGACUCUGGUCAGACCAGCAUGGGGCCACAUAUGACAACUGGAGACCAGCCAUUCCUUAUAGUCCUGAACAACCAGACAAUGGUUUAUAUACUUUUUGGGAACAUGGCAAUCAGCAAUGCACUGCUGUAUCACUCAGCGAUUCAGGACAGUGGACAGAUGAGAACUGCUUCACCACAUUCCCAUUUAUCUGCUAUAACAAAUUCUGCACAGGAACAUUCUGCACCCAUCAGUAUCGCUUUGUUCCUGAGAACAAGACCUGGACUGAUGCACAGAGUUACUGCAGAGAGAAAUACACUGAUCUGGCCACCAUUGAUAACAUGGAGGACAUGAACAGGCUGCUUGAUACAGUAGAUGGCACCUACUCAGGUUUAGCCUGGAUUGGACUGUAUGAUGAUCUGAACAGCUGGAAAUGGUCUCUGGAUGAUGAUCUGUUCUACAAGGAGGGAGAGAGAAGCUUUCGAAACUGGUUUAAAUACAAACAGAGGAAGUGGUUUGGAAAUAGUAUGUGCACAUAUAUUUCUGGGUUUAAUAUGCUAUGGUGGAACGCCCCUUGUCAUGACACAAUUCCAUUCAUCUGCUUUGAUGGAAGGGGGGAUGCUAGUGAAAGAUAUAUCCUUGUUUCUCAGUACAUGAACUGGACUGACGCUCAGACGUACUGUAGAGAGCAUUACACAGAUCUGACCAGUGUGAGGAACAAGACUGAGAACCAGAAGAUAGGAUCAUUAAUCUAUAGUCAUUUUAGAAUUGCAUGGAUUGGCUUAUACAACACAUGGUCUUGGUCAGAUCAGAUCAACUCCUCUUUCAGCAAUGGGAAUCCAGGACAGCUAGAUAAUGAUGGACAGAUCAAAGUCUGUCCUGCUGUUUUUACUAUAUCUGGGUCAUGGGCAGAUGAAAACUGUAGAGAAACGUUUCCAUUCUUCUGCUACAGUUCAAUGUCAUCAACCUCUCAUCAGUAUCACUUUGUUGAUAAAAACAAGACCUGGACUGAAGCACAGAUGUACUGCCGAGAGAAAUACACGGACCUGGCUUCCAUUGAUAACACAGAAGAAAUGAACACACUUCUUAACACAGUAAAUGGCAGCUACUCAGGUUUAGCCUGGAUUGGAUUGUAUGAUGAUCUGGAUGACUGGAGAUGGUCUCUUGAUGAUGAUGCUUUUUAUAAGGAGGGUGAAAGAGAGUUCAGAGGAUGGUACCAUGAACCUGAUAAUGACAGUGGAAAAGAAAUGUGUGUUUCCAUGAAUCACAUAGGGGAAUGGUUUGAUCGGCAGUGUACUCAGAGACUGGGAUUUGUUUGCUAUAAUGCCUCAGGUACAAACGGCGUAUAUGUAUGGAUUUCUGAGAGAAUGACUUGGGAAGAAGCUCAGAGGUCCUGCAGAGCGAAACACACAGACCUGGCCAGUGUGAGGAAUGAGACUGAGCUUCAGCAGAUAGUCAGUGUCAUACAUGAGAACUAUGAGGUAUGGAUAGGUCUAUAUCGGAACCGAUUAUGGUCAGAUCAGAGCAACUCGACGUUUACAUACUGGAGACCAGAGAUUCAACCACAUAUCAUAUCCGAACCUGACAAUGGUUUGUAUUCAUACGGACAAUUUGGAAAUCAACACUGCACCGCUAUGGAUUAUACUGGCAAAUGGACUGAUGAAAACUGUUUAGCCAGUUUCCCUUUCUUCUGCUACAGUGGUGCUGUGAUAGGACUGCAAAUGAAAAUUAAAGUUCGAGGAAACAUGCUGGACUCUCAGAUUAAUGAACUGGUGUUGAUGCUAUUUCGGCAAGAACUAAUCAGACUGGGGAUGUCAAAGAACAUCAAUCUGAGAGUCAGAAACAUCCGUAAGAUCAGCCAGUGA